CGCUGCUGUGCCUGUAAAAACAGCAGUGCUGGCGCGCGAGGCCUUAUUGACCUCUUUUGGAUUGGCACUGCAAGGCCAGCAUACGCCUGCAGUCGAUAGUAACGAGCAACUGCUCACACAAGUGAGCAGUGCUCUCCCUGAGGCCUGUGCUCUCUGAAGCAGACCAGCGCCUGAAACGCUGCUACAGACCCGAAGCGCUGCGUUAGAAAUGACACCACAGCUGCUACGCAAUGUCAAGCGUCAGACGUGGCUCCUGACCUACGUUCUGCUGCCACUCAUACGCGCGCUCGACUGGCUGCUCUGCAAAAGGCACUUCGGCCUGCGCCUCCUCGACCCCAACCAUCUGAUCACGAGGCGCCUCGACCCGCGACGCCUGAUGCAAAAGGCGCGCGCCAUCGCCGGCGACGGCCCCUUCCACCUGCCCGACGCGUUGGUCGAGGACAGGCUGCGGCGCGCGCAAGCGGCGCUGCGCGACGCGAAUCUGAAAGGAUUGGGGGCGCCCGGCGAUCUCGUCGUGGGCCUGCCCGCCGUCGCCGUCUUGGAGCGGCGGCUGACGCGCGCGCUCGUCGCGGACCUGCGGGUCACGCGCGCGGUCGCGCUCGACGGCGCCUAUUUCGCGUCGCCGCCGGGCGAAGACGCCCUCAUCAUCACGGGGCCGCCGCGGUCGGGCACGACGCUCUUGCUCGAGCUGUUGGCCUGCGAUGAGGAAACGUGGCGGCCGCUGACGGGGCCGGAAGCUUUGGUACCGGGCGCCGUCGACGGCGAUGGAGCCGUGCUCACGAGCGCCCUGGCCGGCCAGGCGCUGGCCUUCCAGAGCACGAAAGAAGCCCAUUAUGAAGAGGUCGACGGCCCGACGGAGUGCCGGUCGCUCCUCGAGAACGCGGGCGCGCCGUACGUGUUCUGGUGGGUGCUCGGCCUGACGGGCCCGCUGGACGCCUGGCUGGCGGACGACGCGCGGCGGCGGUCGGACUACGCCUUCUACCGCCAGGAGCUCGCGGCCGUGCGCCUCGCCGGCGGUCGUGCCGACACGCGGCGCUGGCUCCUCAAGGACCCGUGCCACCUCUUCUCGCUCGACGAAUUAUUUGACACGCUGCCCAACGCGAGGGUCGUCUGGCUCCACCGCGACCCGGCCACGGUAUCGGCCUCGCUCUGCGCGUUGCUGUCCAAAGUCUGGCGGCUCCUCUACCGCGCGGAGGCGUCACCAUCGCCGCCGCGGUUCAACGACGCCGUCGUCGCGUACCUCGGCAAAUUACUAGACGCGGGCCUCGCCUUUAGAAGGAGGCGGCCCGGCGCGGCGGUCCACGACCUGUUGACCACUGAUCUCGCGGAUGACCCGCUGCUCGAGGUCGCGCGCGUCUACGCCUUCGCCGGCGAGGCGCUCUCGGACGCGGCGCGGGCGAAGAUGAAGAAGCUCCUCGCUGAUCGUUCGAAGGCGCCGCGGCACGUCUACGCCGCCGCGGAUUUUGGGCUCGAGCCCGCGGAUUUGGAUCGAAGGUUCGCGAAAUACAAGCGGGAGUUCGGCGUGUGAGUUGUUGG